GCGGAACUGAAUCCAUUAAACCCGAUCAUACAGAGAAGAUGAGCAUAUCGACAUGGGAGGAUAAAGUCACAACGCCUCUUUGACUUGUUUUAAUUAGUUUAAAAAAUUGCGAGGAAAAAUUUGGACACACUCAUUCGACGUUUAAAAUCAUAUUAAUCGCAUGAAUGCAAUCAAACGCGUCAUUUGAAGUUAAAAAAAAUUGUGAAUAAUGGGAAAUUAGCGUCGUUUGACAACUUUUGAUAAUAUCUCGCAUACCCAAAAGGAGUUUUUUCUGUCAGAAACAUUAACUUUGGAUUUCCACAAUGGCAAUAAACACAGAUACGGAGUUUGCGAAAUCAAAUCUGGGGGAGAGCGGCGGAACGCAACCAGCCGAGACCGAGAAACUCCUCAUAACCACCGAACCCACCGGGGUGAAGACCUCCAGCUCCUUCACGGUCAGUGUCGGGGGUGACAAAACUCUCGACGGGGAUCAGAACGGCCACAGUCUGCCGCUGAGAUCCGGAUCAGCGGGGCAGCUCGGGACGGCUCCUCUUUCCCCGUCCAGAGUGAGCCUGAGCCGCACUUCAUCGACCGGUAAUGCCGUCCAAGAGCAGCAGAAACCCAAAGACUACCUCAUACUGGUCAUUUGUUCCUGCUUUUGUCCCGUGUGGCCACUAAGCAUCGUUGCACUGGUCUAUUCAAUUAUGUCCAGAAACAGUCUACAGCAGGGGGACGUGGAUGGGGCAAGACGCCUAGGACGCUUGGCUCGCCUGCUUAGCUGUGUGGCCAUCAUCGUGGGGCUCCUCAGCAUCAUAAUCUAUGUGGUGGUUGCAGUAGCUGGUUAAUGGUCAUAGCCAGGACAAGAAACCCAUCUACAACACUACUGCAAACAAAGUAAAAUCCACACCUAUGAUGUAAUUAAAAUAAGAUCUCCCUCUUAACAAUAAUGCCACAUAAGUUAAGAUAAAAAGAAACGGGGAUUGUAGCUACUAAAUAAGAUCUGAUUAAAUAGCAAAAAUGCAUGCAGUAGGUUAGCAUGCUCAGUGGAAAAAAAAAUCCCAUAUGUUAAAAAGAACAGUGACGGCUUGCAUUAUGUAAAUGAGAAACACUGCUGUUUCAACAAGAACUUGCCUGAGGAUGACACAAAGGACAAAGGGACUUUUUUUUCAAAGAUGGCAAACGCCCAGCAAGCUGCAUUUUAACCUUAUAUUACUCCUGGUUGAUCUUGCAUUUGAAAAUUAUGCACAGAACAUAUUUGCAACGUAACUACUGAUGUAUGUUUUAUAAAAAGAUUUAUAUGUGGAGUUUAACUGACGGGAAUGAACUAGGGAUGACAGAUUUCCUUUUUGCUUAUUUAUUUUGUAUGUUUUGAUUAUUAAAAAAAUGACCAAAAUGACCACACGCAUGCCUGAUCCUGUAUGUGAAUAACUGUCAGCAUUUUUCAUUACUGUCUUUUUUAUCUGUAAGAGUAGAGGGUAUUUAAAGAUGGGAAUGUACAUCAGUGUAUCAAAUGCUAUAUUCUCUCAAUGGCACAAUGUUCAUGGAGAGCUCUGCCUUCAGCCAUGAGGUUCCACUACAUGUCCCGUACUAGCAUAGAUUCUCUCAGAGAGGUAAGACUGUAACGUUACGCAUGCCAGUCCUCUCUAUCUUGACAAAAAAAAUCUGCUGGAGCAUGGACAUUCAUCUAGAGGCAUGCAACGGACAGCACCAUUCUGUGCCAAGACCUUUAUAUCAGUAUGCUAAACAAAUCACAGGACUAUUCAUCUUUACCCCGGGGUUCUUUCCAGGACAGAAUGCCGGUUUCCCUCUCAUAAAUCUUCCUACUUAUCCCUUAAUAAUAUGAUAUAUAUAUCAACAUAUUUAUAGAAAUAUUUAGGCAUGCUGUGGGUGGACAAAACUCUUUUUUUGUUUUUAUCUUCACCUAGAAUGAGCUUGUGUGUAAGGGAUUUUGCUUUGACACGUCUCACAGUGUUUAUUGCAUCUCUGUGACUGCUAAUUCACCGACUUGCUGAUAUUAAUAUGCCAAUAUUACAAAUUAAAGCUGCAUUACGUACGUUUUUGUAGUUGAAAAUGGCCUAAAAUCAAUUGUUGAGCAAGUAACUUUACAUAACCAAUCAGUGUUCAACUAUCUCCUUACCUUAGUCCGACUCACAACGGUAAACUUGUAAUAAUGUUUAAUAAUUUGACUGAUUGGGGUUGUUCGUCUUUUUGCCGCAUUAACGUUACGUCACGUAACGUCUGUAUACAUAAAGAAGGAGUCCCGGCUAGUAGAUUAUAUUUCAGCAGCUGGAAUAAUUAAACUUUUCAUUUUAGUUCUUAAGUUCUUAAACAUUAUAUAUAUAUAUAUAUAUAUAUAUAUAUAUAUAUAUAUU